UUUCCUUCCCGACUUUGUCUAUGCUUUCUUCGAUCAUCUAGCACCAUCAUUCAUCAAGAGGGAAAGCCCGACCCAAGGCGACGUCGUAAGUCUUCGUGCGAGAUUCCAAAUCCAUUGGGAGAUGAUCAUAGCGUGUUGCGCCUUUCGAGAGCGAUUUCGCCGCGUCUUUCCAAGUCUGCAAGAUCUUGUAAGUCUAGCCCUUCACUCCUUGUACGUCUUCCUCGUGUCACUCGACGUAUCAUACAUCCAACGGGAAUGCAAGUUACAAGAAGGGUGAUGAACGCGAUGAUGACUUCGACGGUCCAUGAAGAGGCCAUGUUGGGUGCAAAGAUGAAAGUCAGUCUGGUAGGCAAAGAUGAUAGUCUGGUCAGUUGUAGGAGGCAAUUUAAUUCUAACCACUGUCGGUGA